AUGGCACCAUCCUCGCCGCGACGAUCAUCCAGAGCUCGCACGUUGGCUUCCCAUUCUCAACAAUCCCUCUCAUCGACCAAUUUUACCCGUCUCGAGCGACAUACCCGAUCCCUUAAUCGACCUCCUUCGGGCAAAUCCACGCCUAGUGCAUCUGUAUCGUCUGAUCCGCUUGACGACAUAGACGAUACGCUGCUUGGCCGGAGGCGAAAGCGCGGCCACGACGACGAGCAAUACAAGGGCUUGCGAAACGAGGCUCUCGACAUGUCCAACGAACCAGAUCCAUUGCAAGACGAAGAGGAUGAGGCAGUCCGGUGUAUCUGUGGCUGCGAAGACUACCCCGGCCGUCCUCCCGUCGAUGGUUCAGACGCCUACUUCCUCGCUUCAAUUGAACUAAGUGAAGAUGUUACUGGUUUUUUUGUGCAGUGCGAUAUUUGCAAAGUAUGGCAGCACGGAGCAUGUGUCGGCAUAUUUAGCGCAGAGAGCUCUCCUGAAGAAUACUUCUGCGAACAGUGUCGAAAAGAUCUUCACAAAAUACAAACAGCAAAUAAUGGUCAAAAAUACUCCAAAUAUCUGCCUCUGAGUCGACCUGCUAGAACUUCAUCUCGGGCUACUUCUAUAGCAAAGGAUGGUGCUCGAUCUCCCAGGCUGGGUAGUGCGAAGUCCGUUCGAUCUCAAUCGACCUCACAAAUAUCUAAACGCCGAUCUACAAUGAACAGCCGCGAUGCGGCUUAUGAUGAUGAACAGUUACGACGAGCAAUUGAAGCGAGCAAGGAAGAGGUAGGGCAAGACGGCACAGAGAGUGUCAUUAGGCGUACAAAACGGGUACGCAGUAAUAGCGAAGAAAACCAUGUCACUGUUAAAAGGCAACGCACAAAUUCGCAGUCCCCUUCGCCGCCUCCAAAACCAAUGGACACCAUCAGUCAAGAAAAUACCGAUGACGAAAGCAAUGGUCACAGCGAACAGAAGAGAUUGCGAGGCUAUAAAGGCACGGAGAAAUCAGACAAGGAGGAGAAAGAUCGUCUGCGGCAAGAGAGCGCGAGCAAACGAAAAGGGCGGGCCGAUAGGCGACGUACUGAAGAGGAAGUAAACCCGCCGUCCAUGAAGACUCCUGUUAUAAAGAGCGCAGAGCCAUCGACUUUCCCUGAACCAGCCCCAGUACCAUCGCCUAUUCCCGGAACCCCUCCUGCGAGCCACUCAUCAACUGCAAAUCCCCAAAAGCGAACCUCCCGGAGCAACCACAAGAAGGGCAAGGGGAAGAACCAAUACACAAAGGAUCGAAAUGCGGAAACCGAGCAUUCGCCCGCCCGAUCUGUAUCACGAGACGCCCAACGAGCGACCAAUGCGACAACAUCUACACACGCUAAGCAUAGCAGCGAUCACAAGGGUAGCUCGAAAACAAAGCUGGGCAUCGCCGGUCGGAUGAGUAUGCUGGAUAUGAAGCGGCGGGUGGCUGCAAUAAUGGACUUCAUCUCCAGAACUCAGGUCGACUUAGCAGCUGAAGCAACACUGGAUCGCAGCAAUAACUCGACGAAUCAGCACUCACAGGACCCUACCACGUCCCCAACUGACACUCCCAUGUCCAAGGAUUUUAAAGAUUUGAGUUGCAUCGAGAUGAUGGAUGUUCUUACACGAGAUAUGGUCAAGUGGCAAAAUCAAUACGCGUGA